AGUAUUUAACAUCUGUGCCAAUGGCAACAUUGGCAAUUAAACUAUCAUCUGUCAAAAAUUAAACGCAAAUCGCCACAAUUUUCAGGCUUCUUCAUAUUUACAAAAAAAAUAGUUACUUGAAACAUGACGAUUGUGUUACAAACGCAAAUCACCGUUAGUGCCACAAGAUAGUGUAACUGAUCUGCACGGAAAUUGACGACAUGUAUUGUUUGCAAUGGCUAAUACCCGUGCUUCUAAUACCGAAGCCCGUGAACCCGGCUUUAGUGAACACUCAUGUUAUGUUCAUGGUGUUAUAUUUAAUAGGGUUUUUCCUCGAAAGGAAGCCGUGUACCGUAUGCAGUGUAGUCUUCCUUGCAGCAG